AUGCGUUUCACCAGCAUCAUCGUCGCCGGCGCUCUCGCCAUGUUCGCCAGUGCUCAGGAUACCACUGGUACCUCCUCUGUUGCGCCUACCGCCGCCACCACCGACGCCGCCCAGGCUUCCACCAUUGCUUGCCUCGACGCGUGCAAGGACGGUGACGUCGCUUGCGAGUCCAAGUGCAUCGCUGUCCCCAACCCCGACGCCAACCAGGUCAACGCCACCACCGAGUGCGUUGCCAACUGUGACCAGGGAGACGGCUCCCAGGCCGAGACCGACGCCUACGCGUCGUGUGUCCAGGGCUGCAUCAGCGACAACUACUUCACGUCCGGCGGCACCCCCGCUGCCACCGCUGGCUCCGGUUCCUCUGGAUCCACCGCCUCGGGCUCCUCCGCCUCCGCUACCUCCACUGAUGACUCUGACUCCUCUUCCGAGUCCGGCUCUUCUACCUCUGGCUCCUCUUCCACCAGCACCAGCUCCUCGUCGUCUGAGUCUGCGUCCGCCUCUGGCUCGGCUGCUGAUUCCGUCAAGGUCGGCAUGACCGGCCUGGGCCUCCUGGGCUUCAUCGCCGCUGCCAUUGCCCUGUAA